CGCGGUUGACCGUCGCGCUCGUCGUCGUCGCGUCGUCUUGUUCAUUUCACUUCUUCCCCUCCUCCGUCCAUCGUUCAGCCAAAAUGUCUGCUGCACCUGUGCCCACGGGAGAUGGCAUCGGUAUUGCUAACCUGCCUAACCAGAGGCACAAAAUCGUAGCCAAGCGCGGCGCGCAUUUCACCAUCAUGGUCGUCGGCGAGUCCGGCCUGGGAAAGACCACGCUCAUCAACACGCUCUUCUCGACCGAGCUCUCCCCGCCCAAGUCGUACAACAAGCGGCACACCAAGCUGCUCGACAAGCUCACCGAGGUCGAGAUCAUCAAGGCCGAGCUCGAGGAGAAGGCCUUCAAGGUCAAGCUCACUGUCAUCGACACGCCGGGCUUUGGCGACUAUGUGAACAACCGGGACAGCUGGAACCCCAUUGUCGACUUCAUUGACGACCAGCACGAAGCGUACAUGCGCCAGGAGCAGCAGCCCCAGCGGCACGAGAAGACCGACUUGCGCGUCCACGCGUGCUUGUACUUCAUCCGCCCGACGGGUCAUACUCUGAAGCCUCUCGACAUCGAGAUCAUGAAGCGUCUGGGUACCCGUGUCAACCUGAUUCCCGUGAUUGCGAAGGCGGAUACGUUGACCCAGAACGACCUCUUCGCGUUCAAGCAGAGGAUUCGUGAAGUCAUUGCCGCCCAGGGUAUCCGCAUCUACACGCCUCCCGUCGACCCUUCAGCGGAGGAAGAGGCUGAACAUGCGAAGAUGCUCAUUGAGGCCAUUCCUUUCAGCAUCAUUGGUAGCACCGAGGAUGUGAAGACUCCGGAUGGCCGUAUCACGAAGGGUCGUGAGUACAUGUGGGGUGUUGCUGAAGUCGAGAAUGAGAACCACUGCGACUUCAAGAAGCUCCGCCAGCUUUUGAUCCGCACCCACAUGUUGGACCUCAUCUCCACGACGGAGGAGAACCACUACGAGAACUACCGCCAGCAGCAGAUGGAGACGCGCAAGUUCGGCGAGCCCAAGGUCAAGAAGCUCGACAACCCGAAGUUCCGCGAGGAGGAAGAGCAGCUGCGCAAGAAGUUCACCGACCAGGUCAAGGCCGAGGAGGCGCGCUUCCGCCAAUGGGAGCAGCAUCUCAUUGCCGAGCGCGACCGCCUCAACAAGGACCUGGAGAUGGCGCACAGCGCGAUCAAGCAGCUCGAGGUCGAGCUGGACAAUCUCGGGGCUGGAGGGUACGGUACCGGCUCCCGCGGCGCCAGGCGGUAAACGCGUGCAGCGCAUCAAUUGGGAUUGCGCUUCUUGUCGACUUCGUACUACGUCUGCCUGUCUGUUCUCCGACCGUUCUUAUACCCAUUCACUUCCGUUGGCCUGAUUCUUGUUUGCGGAACGUUCGCUCAUCUACGUCAAACCAUGCGGGCAUUCUCAGGAGACUUCUUUCGUCCGUUCUCUAUCUCUUACGACUACGCUCCUUUGUCUGUUGUUCUAAUUCUAUAUAAUAGAUUGUGGUAUUGGGAGGCCCA